CAGCGGGGGCUGCUCGGGGAGCGCAGCGGCAGCAGCAGCGGUGGUGCCUGGCCCGGAGCGCUGCGGGAUGGAGCCCGCAGGCCUCACCCUGAAGCUGCUGCUGCUCGGGGACAGCGGCGUGGGCAAGUCCAGCCUCCUGCGGAGGUUCACGGACGGCGCCUUCGAGCCGCGCCUCACACCCACCGUCGGUAUUGAUUUUAAAGUGAAGAAAAUGCUGGUGGAGGGCCGUGCAGUGCAGCUGGCCAUAUGGGAUACAGCAGGACAGGAGCGUUUCAGAACAGUGACUCCCAGUUACUACAGAGGAGCUCAAGGGGUUGUUUUAGUGUAUGAUGUUACAAGAAAAGCCACUUUCACAGGACUGGGGAGGUGGCUGAAGGAGCUGGAGAUGCACACCACCCCCAGCAGCACCGUGAAGAUGUUGGUUGGCAAUAAAACUGAUAAGCCUGAGCGUGAAGUGGAGAGAAAAGAAGGGCUCCAGCUUGCCAGGAAACACUCACUGCUUUUUAUAGAGACCAGUGCCAAGACCCAGGAUGGAGUGCACCAUGCCUUUGAGGAGCUGGUCAUAAAGAUCCUGCAGACUCCAGAUCUUUGGGAUAAGGGCACAGGGAAAAAGGGAAUCCAGCUCAUGGAAUCCUCAGCACAGCAGCACAAAGGGUUAUGUGCUGCCUACUGUGCACUUAUUUAAAUGUACAGCUGGCUGUUCUGCCUGAGUGGAGGGAAAAAAAUGGGGUGGGGAUGGGAUUCCAAGCACCAAUCUGUGCCAUCAGUUGUGCAGAUGCAAACCACAAACUCAUUAGCAAAAUACAUUUUUAUUCAUUAACAAAAUGCAGUUUCUCCUUCCCUUUUGCACAACUGCUGCCUGCAGGUAUUUUUCUGGUAGCUCUUAGAUUUUUCACUAUUAAAUCAUAGUGCUGCUUAGAGAAUUGUGCUUUUGCUGUAUUCAACAUGGACUUUUGCUGGAAUUCCUGCCUCAGCAUAAAUUAAUUGGUAUUAAAUUCUGGAAUAUUAUUGAGAAGCUUCUUUUGCCUUGGAUGGCAUGGGAGGCUUUGAGGCACCCAAGUUACCUUCAUGUAGUUUCUCAGCAGGAAUUUGAUCAGUGGACAGAGUUUCCUGAUUUUGGAUGGUUUUAAAAAGUCAAAAUUGCUACAUGUGCCCAGACAGUAAGCUGAGUUACUGGUUAAUUUUGGGGCUGUAUGAAAGGGAUGUGACUUUUAACAUUGUCAGGAGAAGUGCAGGACACUGAAGGUUGACCCUGUGCUGUUUGCACUGAGGAUCAGGGGUUGAUUUUAGGGCUGUGAGGAAGAGGAUGUGACUUUUAACAGGAACAGUGCAGGGCACUGUGAUUGCUGUACUGAGGGGCAGGGGUGAGCUGCACUCAUCAUUCUGGGCUGUGGUUUUGCAGUCACUGAGAGUCUCUGCAAACCCUUGUCCUCUUCCAGAAACCACAGAUAAAAUUGGAGAUUUUAUCAGAAUUGAUAAAAAUAUUAUCUGCAAACCCUUGUCCUCUUCCAGAAACCACAGAUAAAAUUGGAGAUUUUAUCAGAAUUGAUAAAAAUGUUAUCAGAAAUUGAUAAAACUCAAUUUCACAGAAAAUGUGCUGCCUAUGGGAGACUUUGCACUUGGGUGAGUCUGUCACCAACCCCACUAUGAAGUUACCCUUUUGUCUUUUACACUUUUAAUGGCAACAUUGUAUUUUUGCUAACUUACAUUAAAAUAAAUGAAAA